AUGUUUUCAACGAAACACUUUUGACCUGGGAGCAGCUCUUGGAACGGCUGAACAUACGUAUAUGCAAUGCAACACAAGACUUCAUCCAAUCCAUUUUUCUGAGGUACAUGAAAGCUGAACCAGAGGGCCGAGCACGGUAUCGUUCUGUCUUGUCCCAGGCCUGGGGUGAUUGCCACUUUGUAUGUCCAGCUAACAAAAUUGCCUCAGAGAUGGCAAAGACUGGAAGCCCUGUCUAUGCUUACACUUUCACCCAUCGCAGCAAUGGCUCCAUCUGGCCUGAAUGGAUGGGGUCCAACCAUGGAUCUGAGGUCCCAUACCUUUUUGGAACUCUGACCUUAUUACCAGGAACCAAUGUAACUCACACAGAGGAAGAGUUAGAGCUAAUCCCCCGAGUGAUGCGAUACUGGGCGGAGUUUGCCAGAAGCGGCAAUCCCACCCCUUCAGAUGUCGGAGAGACAAAAUGGCCACUCUACAACCCUGCAGAGCAGAACUUCUUUCGCAUCAGCACAGAGCCACCUCAAGUCAUGAAGCCCUCACCCGCCCAGCACUGCUGUUUCUGGAGGGCACCCUUAUCAGAGGCAUUAUGCCCAAGUCACCCUUCUAAUGAUUCUGUUCCGGCCAGUCCAGAAGGCGAUAAGAAGCCAGAAAUGUGA